AUGAACCUCGACUGCUACGCGGCCGACCCGCCCACGGCGGCGUCGUCGCCCAGGGACCUGUCCACGCCGCCGACGUCGGCCUCCCACGUCGGCGACGCCCUCGGGUGCGGGUCGGGAGACGAGGAACCGCUCGCCUACCAGGCCGACCUGAGUCGUGCGAGCGGCGACGAGCCGCGGGCCAAGAAGCGACGGAAACAGAGCAACCCCGUGCGCUACCACACGUCCCCCGUGGCGCUACCUGAAGGUCUGGAAGACCUCGCCGCCGCGGCGAUGGACGCGGGUGCGGCGCCGUCCGACGAAGACGGCUGCCCCGAAGAGACGUCUCUGGCGCCCAGUUCCCCGCAGGAUGACGCGGUGGAUACCGGGGUGCUGAACCUGGAGAGCAAGCGAAGACGGAGAGAUGAGGCGAAUGGCGACGGCGAUGACUGCAGCGGGCUACGUUGUCAUCACUGCAACGCUGUGUUUGCGGGCGACGACCAGCUCCGGCUUCACAUAGAGGAAGAGCACGUGCAGAAGUUGCUCGAGAAACAGCUCCAGCAGCAGGCCAGUUACAACCGAGCGUACGUGAGCCAUAUGGGCGGCGACAACGGCGGCGCCAAAACGCCGAUGGACUUACAGAAUCCUCCGCCGUUCCUGGACCGCAAGCCGACCACCAGCCCGGCGGAGUUCGCCAAGAACCACCCGUUCCCUUUUCCGGCCAUGCCUCCGCUGAUUCCCAUCUCGCAGAGUGGCAACGAAGUGAAGCCAGGGUCCAUGCCCGUCUCGCUCAGCAUGUUCCCCAACCCGAUGGCGCCGUUUCUUUUUCCGAUGCUGCAGCAGGGACAGAACCCGUCCACUCCGAUGCCCAACGGCAGCUCGGGACCCGCCGGGAACAUGCGCAUCUUCAACCCGGAGGCGUUCUGUGAGCUGUGCAACAAGGAGUUUUGCAACAAGUACUUCCUAAAGACUCACAAGGCUAACAAACACGGCAUCUAUUCCGUCGAGUCCUUGGUAAGUUCUCCGUACGCCCCGGGGUUCUUCUCGCCUGGCCUGAGCAGCCCGUUGCCCAUGCACCCGAUGCUGCAGGCGCCCAUGUCCGAUCCCAGCCUCGGCGCUCGGCAGGGCAUCAUCAACAUGGAGUCCUUCUGUGAGAUCUGCCAGAAAGAGUUCUGCAACAAGUACUUCCUCAAGAAGCACAAGCAGAAGAUACACGGUAUCGUUGACCCGUCGCAGCAGAAUUCAAACUCGGCGGACAGCUCCAGCGACCGCAAGACAAGCUCAUCUCCGACCGGCGUCACAGGCCAGGAACUGGCAGUGUCCACGGCAGCGGCGUCGGCAGUAGCCACCAGCGUGGCGGAAAAGAACGGCAACCCCGCGUCUCAGGAGCCGCAGCAGCAGCAACAGCCGCCGCACCCGGCAGACCCGUUCCGAAUGGACUUCGCCAGCAUCUACCCGGGUGUGAAUGGAAGAUUCAGCAUGCCCAGCCUGACGCCGCCCACGGGGACGCUGGUGACGUCGGCUUCCAGCCACUCGCCGAUCGUCAGCUCUUCCGUGAGCGGCGACCCGAAGUCGCUCCCGGCGUUCUUCAACCAGAACUCUUCGUCGAGCACAGAAAGCGGCUCCACCACCGUGUUCACGCCGGAGAAGCUUCGGGAGAUGGGGGUCAUCAACGCGGAGGCCUUCUGUGAGAUUUGCUGCAAGGAGUUCUGCAACAAAUACUUCCUCCGCACCCACAAGCAGAACAAGCACGGCAUUCAGAUGGUGGACUCACCGCUCAGGCCCCCGGGUCUGGGCCCACCACAGGCCGGUGGGCCGUUGGCCCUCAUGCCGCCGGUGGCGUCCAUGGCCACGCCGGCUGGCUUGACCGGCCCCCAGGAUGCGCCAGAGAACUUGACGGCUCCCUCAAGAACAGCGGGAGGCGGGACCAGUCCGGAAUCCGCACUGCUCAGGUCCACCUUCGCCAGCGAUUUCGAACCGACAGCGGACCUGACCUGCGAGAUCUGCAACAGGCCUUUCUCCAGCCAGUACCUGCUGAAGAUGCACAAGUUCUACACCCACAACGUUCCGUACGUGAAGGAAGAGGACGACGAGUCCAAGCCGUCCUCGCCCAGCGGAGGGCCCAAUCAGGCCGCGGCACAGAGCAGGGACGGGGCGCCGCGGGACGGUGCCGAUGCCUUGAGGAUGGGCCGGCAGCCCGACGGCGGCGCCUCUUCCUGCCAUACGGAUGACGCUGCCAGCCAGGACCUGCAGAAGCUGCAGAGCAUGAUCCGGGACCUGACUGCCUCCAUCGCCAACGAGAACAAGGUCGGCUGUAGCGUGUGCCGCGCUGAAUUCGACAACAAAUACUUUCUCCGCGCCCACAUGAUGAACGAGCAUGGCGUGCUGCUUAACGAGGACGGCAGCAGCAUGGCCGCCGGUGACGGAUCUUCCAGCUCGCAGCACAGGACACCGAUGGAGCUACCUCCGCCACCGUUUUCAUCCAUCGCUUUUCCGUCUCCUGUCUUCGACUCUGAGGCAUUUUGUGAGAUCUGCCAGAAAGAGUUCUGCAGCAAGUACUUCCUCAAGACCCACAAACAGAAUAUCCACGGCAUCAGCAUGGAGUUGGAUUCCCCGAUGGCGCCCAAGAAGGACGACGCCCAGCCUCCCAAAGUCCCGCCUGCCAGGGCGAACGGACCGCUCCUGGCAUUGCCGCCGCCACCACUGUCUUCCAUGCCGCUGCCGUUGGUUCCGGUUCCCGAGAGGGGCAGGAGCCAAGUGACGGGCCGGAACUAUUGCAACAUCUGCAACAAGGAACUGUGCAACAAGUACUUUAUGAAGACUCACAUGCUCAAGAUGCACGGCAUCAACCUGGAUGAACACCCGGCAGACGCCGCCCGCAACAGCAUCAUCGGCGGCGUGACGUGCGAGAUCUGCCAGAAGGAGCUGUGCAGCAAGUACUUCCUCAAAGUGCACAAGCAGAACACGCACGGCAUCCUCGAAGAUCCAGCCAAAGAGAACUCCAACCACAGCUCGGCGAGCGGCGAGAAGGGCAAUGAACUGGUCCUCUACCAGCCGGGUGAGGUGGGCGAUGCGAACAGCCGGAGCUUCAACCACUACACAGAGGUGUGCCCGCUUUGCGACCGGCGCUUCAAGAGCAUCAAGUGGCUCAAGACGCACAUGGUGAAUGACCACAGCGACAUGCUCAAGGAGAACGUGUACAGCCGCAUGGACACGGUUCCUCCCGGAGCGGUCAAGCUGUGCAUCAUCUGCGGCCAGGGGUUUCCGGACAAGGUGGCCCUUCAGAUUCACCUCAUCAAAGACCACCGCACCACGACCGAGGAGCUGGGCCUGAUGAACACCUCGCCCACGGCGGCCGCCUCAGACCCACUGGUUGCGCUGGCUCAGGACCCGGUGAAGCUGAACGGCGCCGCGGCGCACCCGGCCGACCGGGCCGCCCACGUCUUCAAGCGGCCGGGCGUGUCCGGUGGCGGUGGCGGCAGCACCCGCAUUUACCACUGCUCCUACUGCGUCUAUUCUACGCGAUGGCUUUCCAACCUCUACGCGCACGAAAAGAGGCACACGGGAGUCAACCUGGAAGGGGAGAAGCGCUUCGUCUGCCGCAUCUGCCACCGCGCCUACCGCUACAACCACUCCCUCCAGCGCCACCUGCUCAACCACCGGGCGGCGGGGCUCUCGGCCGCCUCCGCGGCCAGGCCACCCAAGACGCAGGACCUACCGCAAGACCUGUCCUCUGCAGACCCGGCCAAGUCGUCCUGUUCGCAGCCGCAGCCGCCGAGCAAGGUCAAGUGCUACCGGUGCAGCAAGUGCAACCGCAAGUUCCGCUCGCGGGAACUCUGUCUGGCCCACAUUUACACGGCGCAUGACGCCAAGAGGCCCCACAAGAGCGGCCGGCCUUUCCGCUGCCGCAUCUGCGGCUUCGCCACGAGAGCCUGGAACAUCCUCAAGAUACAUAUCAUGAAGCAGCACCAGGAGGAUGCCUCCGAGGACAAGUCCUUGGGCAGCCAGCCAGACGGCACGCCCGCCGGGCCGGUGGACGAAGACGGCAGUAAGCCCACCAGGACCCCCACGCCGACCAAAGGCGGCGGGCAGCUCCCCAUGACGUACGCCAUGCCUCAGAGUCCGCCGACGGCCGGGACGUUCAUUAUGCAGCCGUUCCUCAUCGAGCAGCCGGAGUCCAAGGACGCCAAGAACGACACCUUCGUGCCGUCGCUCGUCUACCUGCCGGUCUGCCAGAAGGUGUCACAGCCCAUGACAGUCGCGUUCACGCUAACACCCGCCUGAGUUCGCGCCACGCGGCCAACCCCGAAGCCCUUGUCGUCGCCUCCUCCGGCGGAACCAA